AUGGCCCCAAACCCAAAGGCCAUGAAUCCCCUCCCCACAGCGGCACACCCGCACAGAGAGCAGUAUGAGGAGGAGCAGGAGGCCAAAGCUGAGCUGCAGCGUGCUAUGUCCAAGGCUAACAGCGACGUGUCUCAGUGGAGAACCAUGUAUGAAACUGAUGCCAUUCAUCGCACUGAGGAGCUCGAGGAGGCCAAGAAAAAGCUUGCCCAGCGUCUUCAGGAUGCGGAAGAGUCCAUCGAGGCUGUGAAUGUGAAAUGUGCCUCUCUGGAGAAGACCAAACAGAGGCUACAGGGUGAAGUGGAGGUCUUGAUGAUUGACGUGGAGAGAGCUAAUGCUCUGGCUGCAAACCUGGACAAGAAGCAGAGGAGCUUUGACAAGGUUCUUGCAGAGUGGACGCAGAAGUAUGAAGAAAGUCAGGUCGAGCUGGAAGGAGCUCUGAAGGAGGCGCGUGCUUUGAACACAGAGAUGUUCAAAAUGAAAAAUUCCUAUGAAGAAGCUCUGGGCCACCUGGAGACCCUGAAGAGGGAGAACAAAAACCUGCAACAGGAAAUAAGUGAUUUGACUGAGCAUAUUAGUGAAACAGAAAAGACAAUUCAUGAACUGGAGAAGGAUUUCCUUAACAUGUCACUCAUUUCAGGUCUGCACUCUGUUGCAAAGGCAUCUUUACUAGAGGCCUUCUGUGUGAAUUAA